UACUGUGUGAGCUGUGACUGGUCACAGCUUGUCACAUGGGACAAGGCUGAUGUGAAUGGCCCUGUACCAUGUGACCUCUGUGAUCAUUCACACAUUUCACACGUAGUAAGCAAUGAUGUCAGCAAGUGACAUCUUGCUUACUACUAUUCAUGUGAUCACUGAUUGGCCAAUCAGUGAUCACCUGAUCGGGACCUCGCACAGAGGUCCCGUACAACGAUCGGUGUUCCACUGUGUCGGAGGACAUAGCGGGCACCAGAUCGCGGUGCUGCACGCUCCCAGGGAGCGCACACAGUCCAAAAUGUCGGGCGCCGUUUAUGCACUGCCACCGUCCGGCCGUUUCUAUACAGCGGCUGGACGGCAAGUGGUU